GUGGGGCUCGAUGACCUUAUAGGUCUUUUCCCAGCUUAGCGGUUGCAUGCUAUGAUGUCGGGAGCAGUCGGUACGCUCACAGACGAGCUGGCCGCGGCAAUACACAGCACAGCUAUUGGCCGCCGCUGCCGGCUCAGGGGCCGCGCCGCCAUCGCCCGCGUCCCCUCACGGCGGGGCCGAGGGGGCGGGGCCUGGGCGACCCGAGGGGCGGGGCCAGGGGCGGUUGCCUUCCCUCCCCCGCCAAUGGGCGGGGCCGGGUAUCCCCGCUGCCCGCCUCUGUCGUUCGGGGCGAGUCCAUUGCAUCCCGCGCGGGGGGAGCUCCGGACCCGGAUGCUGUCUGCCGGUCCGGUUCGGGGAAAGAGGGAGGAGCAGGGAUAGCGCCUGUGGAUCAGAGGCGGGCGCGGCCCUGCAGCAGCCGUGGUGGCUGGUCGGGCGGGGGGAGCCGCUUUGCGGGGGCGGCUCUCCCCUCCCCCUUCCACCCCCCCUACGUCCCGGCGGGGGAUGGUGUGUCCCGCAGCGCGCGCCUUGCUCGCGCGGUUCGGCGGCUCUGCGGGGGGAGGGGGACGGGAGAGACCCGGGCCCCGGCGGGUUUUGCACAGUGAGCGCGGGGGAAUAGCGGGCAGGGGGGGAGCGCCCGCUGCUGCCGUCCGGGACCAUGUUGGCGGACGACGACGAGGAGCUGAAAGUCCCAGAGGAGAUGUUCAAAGACGUCAAGUUCUUCGUGGUGGGAGACAUCGACCCCAAGGUUAUCCAACUUCUGAAAGCUGGGAAAGCAAAGGAAGUUUCUUACAAUGCACUGGCCUCACAUAUUAUUUCAGAAGAUGGGGACAAUCCAGAAGUUGGAGAAUCUCGAGAAGUUUUUGAUCUCCCUGUGGUAAAGCCUUCCUGGGUGAUCUUGUCUGUUCGCUGUGGAGCUCUUCUACCUGUAAAUGGCUUUUCUCCAGAAUCAUGUCAGAUCUUUUUUGGAGUCACUGCUUGUCUCUCUCAGGUUUCAUCUGAAGACCGAAGUACGCUGUGGGCUUUGAUUACUUUUUAUGGAGGGAAUUGCCAGCUGAGCCUCAAUAAGAAAUGUACUCACUUGAUUGUGCCUGAGCCAAAGGGGGAAAAAUAUGAAUGUGCUUAUAAACGGGACAGCAUUAAAAUUGUGACCCCAGACUGGGUACUGGAUUCUAUAGCUGAUAAGAGUAAAAAAGAAGAGACUCCUUAUCAUCCUCGUUUAAUUAUAUACGAGGAGGAAGAGGAGGAGGAGGAGGAAGAGGAGGAAGAAGCAGAAAAUGAAGAACAAGAUUCACAAAAUGAGGCUAGUACUGAUGAAAAAUUAUCAAGCCCAGCAUCUUCUCGAGAAGGAUCACCUUUGGGUGAUCAAGCUUUUUCACCAAAAUCUACUCCUGCUGAUAAGGCAAAAGGGGAACUGAUGUUCGAUGAUUCUUCCGAUUCCUCUCCAGAAAAGCAAGAAAGGAAUUUGAACUGGACACCAGCUGAAGUCCCACAGGCAUCUGCAGCAAAGCGUAGGUUGCCUCAAGGGAAGGACUCUGGGUUGAUUAAUUUGUGUGCCAAUGUCCCACCAGUGCCAGGUAACAUUUUGCCUCCUGAUAUGAGAGGCAACCUCAUGGCUUCAGUCCAAGGUGCCCAAAGUUCUGACCGCCAGGAAAUGAUGGCCACGUGGAGUCCAGCCGUGCGGACGUUAAGGAAUAUUACUAAUAGUGCUGAUAUUCAGCAGAUUAAUAGACCAUCAAAUGUAGCACAUAUAUUACAAUCACUUUCAGCACCUACAAAAAGUUUAGAACAACAAGUAAAUCAUAGCCAACAGGGACAUCCAAAUGUGGUGCUGUUUAGUCAAGUGAAACUAACACCAGAGACACAUUUAUUGCAGCAGUCACAUCAAGCACAGCAGCAACAGCACCAUCCUCUCUUACACCUUCAACCUCAGCAACUUAUGCAGCUCCAGCAGCAGCAGCAGCAACCCCAGAUCUCUCAGCAGUCUUUCCAACAGCAGCAGCCUCACCAGUUUCCCCAGCAGCAGCAGCAGCAAGUGCAUCAGCAGCACCAGUUCUCCCAGCAGCAGCUCCAGUUCCCGCAGCAGCCGCUCCACGCGCAGCAGCAGCUGCACCGCCCUCCACAGCCGCUCCAGUUCCAGCAGCAGCAUGUGCUGCAACAGCAGCUGCAACAGCUGCAGCAGCAACAGCACCAGCUGCAACAGCUGCAGCAGCAGAACCUGCAACAGCAACAGCUGCAACAGCAACAGCUGCAACAUCAGCAGCAGCAACUGCAGCAGCAGCACUUACAGCGACUGCACCAGCAGCAUCAGCAACAGCAAAUGCAGAAUCAGGCAGCGCAGCACUUAACUCAGACACCUCAAGCACUACAGCUUCCAGUUGCAGCCCAGCAGCCACAACACCACCAGCAGCAACAGCAGCAACUGCAGCAGCAGCCGCUUUUUGGGCACGAUCCAGCAGUGGAGAUUCCAGAAGAGUAUUUCCUACUGGGCUGUGUCUUUGCAAUUGCUGAUUACCCAGAGCAGAUGUCUGACAAGCAGCUGUUAGCGACCUGGAAACGGAUCAUCCAAGCACAUGGUGGGACAGUGGACCCAACCCUCACGAGCAGAUGUACUCACCUUCUCUGUGAAAGCCAAGUCAGUAACAUGUAUGCUCAGGCUUUAAGAGAAAGGAAAAGAUGUAUUACAGCACACUGGUUGAAUGCAAUCUUGAAGAAGAAGAAGAUGGUCCCGCCUCAUCGAGCCCUUCAUUUUCCAGUGGCAUUUCCACCAGGAGGAAAGCCAUGUUCUCAACAUAUAAUCUCUGUGACAGGAUUUGUUGAUAGUGACAGAGAUGACCUCAAGCUCAUGGCCUACCUAGCAGGUGCCAAAUACACGGGCUACCUGUGUCGCAGCAAUACAGUUCUCAUCUGUAAAGAGGCCAGUGGGUUGAAGUACGAGAAGGCCAAGGAGUGGCGGAUCCCGUGCGUGAACGCGCAGUGGCUCUGUGACAUCCUGCUGGGGAACUUCGAGGCGCUGCGGCAGAUCCAGCACAGCCGCUACACCGUCUUCAACCUCCAGGACCCGCUGUGUCCCAGCCAGCACCUGGUGCUCAACCUGCUGGAUGCUUGGAGAGUCCCGUUAAAGGUGUCGCCAGAACUUCUAAUGGGUGUGAGGUUGCCGUUGAAACCAAAGCAGAAUGAAUCCAGUCUUCAGCCGUCUUCCAAAAGAGCAAGGAUUGAAGACCUGCCACCACCUACUAAAAAACUCACCCCUGAGCUGACACCAAUGGUGCUCUUCACAGGAUUUGAACCUAUGCAAGUGCAACAGUACAUUAAGAAACUGUAUAUCCUUGGAGGUGAGGUAGCAGACUCUGCCCAGAAAUGUACCCAUCUAAUUGCCAGUAAAGUGACCCGAACUGUCAAGUUCCUGACAGCAAUUUCUGUAGUCAAGCACAUAGUAACUCCAGAGUGGUUAGAAGAGUGUUUCAAAUGCCAGAAAUUUGUUGAUGAGCAGAACUUUGUGCUCAGAGAUGCUGAAGCUGAGGUGCUUUUCUGCUUUAGUUUAGAGGAGUCUCUAAAGAGAGCACAAGUAGCUCCACUGUUCAAGGGAAAAUACUUCUACAUUACACCUGGAAUUUGUCCCAGUCUUUCCACCAUGAAAGCUAUUGUGGAGUGUGCAGGAGGAAAAGUAUUAUCUAAACAACCUUCUUUUCGAAAACUCAUGGAACAUAAGCAGAAUAAAAGUUUGCCAGAGAUAAUCUUGAUUUCCUGUGAAAAUGACCUUCAUUUAUGUCGAGAAUAUUUCGCACGAGGCAUAGAUGUCCACAAUGCUGAGUUUGUCCUGACUGGAGUGCUUACUCAAACACUGGAUUAUGAAUCAUAUAAAUUUACUUGAUGGAUAGUAAAAAUGCCUUACUGCUCCGGAAUCCUUGGAGCAUUAUAUCUAGCAGUUCAGCCAUUGUACAAAGCAACUAGAACUUCCUGUGGAUGCUGUUUUCCAGCUGUUUUCCUAGGGAUGAUGAGCAGUUUAAAGCAGGAAAGCAAAAAUAAACUGCAUCUUUUUUAGGAUGUGUAAUUUUAUUAUGCUGAAACAUAAUUUACUAUGUUUUGUAUUAUACUACCAUUUUAAAAGAGCCCACUUUAGGUAUCAUGAUGAGCCCAUUUUUAAGCAUUUUAAAAUAAAUUAUGGUACUACAGCCAAAAGUGUAAUUUGGAUGUAAAAAUAAAAGGGCUUGCUAUCUAUUAAAUUAUGGAUGUCAAAGAUGAAGAUGUUUUGUACUUUAUUUUUAUUUCUUAUACUCUAUUUUCUUUUAUAUUGAUAUUUUGCCCACAUUUGAAAUAAAUGUACUUUUAAAUGUUUUACUCUAUAUUUUAGUGGUCGUUCAUUUUUUUUGAAUACUGUGCAAAAAUGGCACUCUGGUAAGAGUAAAUUACUCAAAUCUUUUUCCAAGCAAUGUGAAAUUAUUUUAAGCUUAUUUUACCAGGUAUGUUUUAAUAUAUGAAUCCCAGUGCUUUAAAGGGAAAUAAUUGUAAAUGUAUAUAUGUGUUUUUACUGAAGCAGAGAAGCAGCUUGAAGGAGAAACUAUAACCCUGCAUAUUCCACUGUUGUGAUAACUUUCUGUUUGUAUAGUGAGUUUUACUAAAUAAAUAUUAAAAAAACA